AAAAAUAAAAAUAAAGUGCAAGGAAAAAAAGUGAUAAGCAGCAAGCAGCUUCUGGGUGUUGCAUUCAAGUGCACUCCUGCUGAAUUUGUGUGAGAGCAUGUUUGUGUUUUAAGGAAGGGGGGUGUUCACUCUUUCUCCUGCAACAGUAGGAAAGCACAGCAGCGGUGUUGGCCCGAGACAAAAGGCUAAACGCAACAGAGCCGCAGGAGGGCAGAUACAAGGAUAGGAGCAGGCAAAGUGGCCCAGUGGGACUGCACUUCUCAGGGAAGACUUGAACCUGCUGCCACACCUCAUUUUGGUCCUGGACUGCAGGCGUGACGAUGUCAGACGAUGAAUGUCGCUCACCCAUCGGCCUGGACUGCUGCAGCUGCUGCCUGGACCUGGCCAACGGCUGUGUUGACUCGCUGUCUCAGGGCCUCAGCACGACGCUGGCCAGUCCCACGAGCCCCAGUGUCAGUCACUUCCGCCAACUCCGCAACCAGCUGAUGUACCAAAACCUCAACACGGACAAGCUGAAUAACAUCAUGCGUCAGGACUCCCUGGAGUCGGUUGUGAGGGACCCGUGCUUCCUGCUCAAUGAGGGAAUCUGCAACAGCAACAUUGACCAGACCAUGUUGUCCAUCUUGCUCUUCUUCCAUAGUGCCUCUGGUGCUAGCGUGGUGGCUAUUGACAACAAGAUAGAGCAGGCAAUGGACCUGGUCAAAAACCACCUCAUGUACGCCGUGCGGGAGGAAGUGGAGAUCCUCAAGGAACAGAUCAAGGAACUGGCGGAAAAGAACAACCAGCUCGAGAGGGAAAACUACCUGCUGAAGAACCUGGCCAGUCCGGAGCAGCUGGAAAAAUUCCAGUCUCGAAUCCCGACGGAUGUUCUCCUCCCAUUGGACAAUCAGGGCGUGCAGGUGAUGUCGGAGCAGCAGACCUGUAGCCGCAAGACUGGAUCUGCUGUGUAAGUGGCUCUACCUUGGGGCGGGCAGAGCCACUGUCCCUUUUCAGCAAUGGACCUCCAUGUUUUUUUGCGCUACAGAAUUUCUGCCGCUGAAAAACUGUCAUGGCAAUGAGGGCAUGGCGUUGUGGCCGCGUAUGCCCAAUGGGAAAAAAAAACACUUGACUCUGAUAAGCACAAAAGUUCCAACCGGCGCUGUGUCAGGAUUGUCCUCUGAUCCCGUCCAACUCUGAGCCAUAAUGUCUUCUCGCAGACACUGAGCGCAAACAAUCAAGAGCAGGCCCACUGGACACAAAUAAGCGCUUGCUUUCAGAUGGAGGGUUGCCAGCAACUGUCCUUUUGCUCUCGAUUGGGCUAGUCCUGCCGGUGCCACCUUGGAACGUGUGAGCAUAAGUGAGGCUACUUCCUGUCGGCCCGCCAAAUGAUGUUUCAACAAGCGGUGAGCCCCCUAGUUCGUGGAUCAGUUUGAGAUCUAAAUGAAAGUUUCAAGGAUUCCCAGCUCCACAUUAACAAGGACUUCCGUGUAUUGCGUGUUGACGUGCAUUAACAAAAAACAAUCGACAGAAUGAGCACAGGUGAAGCUUAGAGCAGUAUAAUCGAGCUGGUGAACUGAUUCAUAGACUGUACUGAUUCGUAAUCUGUUGUAUUGUCUGCAGUUGGGGCUUGCUGCUCAUGGGGGGGAAUUCAUCCUGCCAUAUUCCGUUUGUUUGUUGUUGUUUUAUUUUUGACAAAAUCAGUUGUUUUGUAAAAUAAAUGCUCUUCUGAGAUUGUUUUCCUGACACUGAAGGCGUAACAAGCACCGUCUUGGGGUGAACAAGCAGGCAGUGGACGAUAUUUCAGAUGAUUGCACCUGCUGUUGUUGUUACCCCAAAUGCCAUUUAAAAAAACAAUGGCAUGACAACAGUGCCUGUAUGUAGUGCAUGAGAGAACCGGAUUUCGACUUCAGUUCUGUUGAUUGUUGUGUUUGAACUACCAAAGACAUUUUUUUUUAACUACAACAGCAAAAAGAAGAGCCGGCAACCAGGACCAUGUGUUAAAACUUCACAGGAGAAGUCAGUCUUGCUUUCAGUUAGUCCUCAACGUUUCUGUGUUUUGUAAAGAUAACGGUAUUGUUGCUGUAAAGUAUCCAGAAAACAUUUGUUUGCUACCCUCUUUGGAUACAACUGCACAUUUGCAAUAAACCUUAUGUUUACAUAA